UUUGUACGAUUGGAAGAACUGCAAGAACUGAGGACACACCAUUCACUGUAACACGGCAUUUAGUAGAGUCUAUAACAUACUGUUAUAUAUUUACACCAUCCAUGUGGGAUUUCAUCCCAUUUAAUUAGCGGCAUAAUAUAUGGACACCACUGCAGAGUAAGCUGUUCUGUUUUACACUUCUAAAUAAUCAUUUUUAAAUGUUAAAAUCGGAACCUGUGCAGUUAUGAAUCACAUAUACGCCCAAAUUUUCCUGAAUUGCUUAAGACCUAUUCGUUUUUUAACUAAACAGAUCAUUAUAGCCUACUACAAAUAUGCUCUAAAGAAGAGGUGGGGGACUGAGCGCCGGGGUCCAGCACAGUGUACUGACUUUCCUGCUCUAUCACACGUACUAAACCCCCGAGUUAACUGAUGAGUCAAAUGUGUUUGCACAUGAAAAUCACUAAAGACGGCAAAAUAUGCGGGAGCUGUCCUUUCUACAUUGCGUCAUUUGUCUGCGACACACAGUAAACCUUCAAUAGGAACACAGAUACUUCAACACAUCUUUUGUCUAUUGAUUUGUUUUUCUGUUACUGCGUAUUCGAAUAUUAGGGAAUGUGCAUAAACAUACGUGAAUAUUCAAUAAUCGACCAUAACCGCUACUGAGUCAGUUUUACACAUUAAACGCCUCUACAAAAUCUGCCUGAGUCAAUCCGCAUGAUCUGUAGACUGGCAGCCGGUUGGGCAUCGCGUAUUAGGCAGUCACACACGUGUGGUCCUGUUUAGCUGAGCCACAAAGUAAAGCAUAAGCCCUCUUGACAAAAGCAAACUUUUUCCCUGUUCUGAAACUCAUUACUAGUGUCUCAUGAGUUUUGUGGAGUAUUCCGAGUUCAUUCAGGAAGGAGAUGUGGUCAUUAUCUUCCUUGGUCAUGACUCCAUGAUGCCUAUCAAAGUGGAGGCUGGGGCCCAAACACAGACCCGAUACGGAGCUAUCCGCCAUUCCAGUGACUUAAUCGGGCGACGGUUUGGUUCUAAGGUGACCUGUAGUAAGGGAGGAUGGGUGUAUGUGCUGCACCCCACUCCAGAGCUAUGGACUGUGAAUCUGCCCCACCGAACACAGAUUCUCUACACCACAGACAUUGCCAACAUCACAUUGAUGCUGGACCUCAAACCAGGCUCCAUCGUCUGUGAAUCGGGUACAGGCAGUGGCUCACUGUCCCAUGCUAUUCUCCGCACCAUUGCGCCCAGUGGUCAUCUGCACACAGUGGAGUUCCACGCCCAGAGGGCUGAAAAGGCUGCUCAGGAGUUCAAGGAGCACAAGGUGGCCCAUCUGGUAACUGUCCGAAACCAGGACGUGUGUAAAGAAGGUUUUGGUGUUGUGGGUGUGGCCGAUGCAGUAUUUCUGGACAUCCCCUCACCAUGGGAGGCUGUCACGCAUGCCAAGAAAGCCUUCAAACGCAAGGGGGGCCGUCUGUGUUCAUUCUCGCCAUGUAUAGAGCAAGUUCAGAGGACAUGUGAGGCCCUGCUGGAGCAAGGUUUUGAGGAGAUCUGCACUGUAGAGGUUCUGCAGAGGGUGCACGAUGUCCGUUCCGUCACGCUGCACUUGCCGGACUUCGGCCCAGAGGAUGGAGGAGCAGAGAGUGCCAAAAUGGCCUCAGAGGAAGUCUUGCUUGCAGCAAACUCCAGCCACCCCUCAGUGACCUGCCGAACUGCCACGGCUCCUCGGGAGAUGGCUGGGCACACAGGGUACCUCACAUUCGCAACGAAACCACGGGGCUAGAGAACUGCAAGUGUUAAUGAACAUGAUGUAGUGGCACUGUGUGGGUAAGUGUGGAAUAUGGACAGCAGCUCUGCGCUCAUGUAUUCUCAUCGACUCCCAUCAUGCACAUGAACUCACCUUUGGCGCUGCUUCCAGGCUGCCUGGUGAUCUGUCAUAUUGCUUAAGUUAGAAUACUGAGAAGGUUUUUAUAAUCAGAGUUGGGUAAACGCAGCUGUUUGCCAAGCAGGUGGAUGAGGAGGUAGAUAAGGCUUCAACGUUCUUUAACCUGCAGUCAUUAUUUUAUUUCUUGACGAGCACAGCAAUGUCUAUAUUUUGACAGUAUUUUGUUACAAUAAAUUUAAAUGAGAGAAAA